AUGAUGAGAACAGGAUCCGAUGGAAUCGCUAAAUAUCACGUGAAGUUCUCAAUCAUAGAAAUGAGAGUACACAUGGAUUGUGCCGGAUGCGAAAGCAAGGUGAAAAAUGCUCUGGAAAAAAUCAAAGGUGUAGAUGACAUAGAUAUAGACAUGGGAUUACAAAAGGUGACAGUCACAGGAUGGGCAGACCAAAAAAAGGUUCUGAAAACAGUUCGAAAGACAGGAAGAAGGGCUGAGCUCUGGCAAUUACCUUAUAAUCCACAACAUCAUAGCUUUUCUGACCAUUAUUACAAUCAACUACAAGUUAAUGGUCCUCUUCCUUACCAUGCUCCUCAGCCUUCCUCUUCUUACAAUUACUACAAACAUGGAUAUGAUAGCAAUGAUCAUGGCUAUUAUCAUCAUCCAGUCCAUUCCUCCAUCUUUAAUCACCAGACAGGAGCGGCGUUCAGUGAUGAAAACCCUCAUGCUUGUUCUAUAAUGUGA